AACACAACAUCAUGGAGGAGAGAGACAUCGAUGAUCUACCCAAAAACGAAGCAAACUACACAUCACUCACACCACUUUGGUUCUUGAAACGAGCUGCUCUGGUUCAUCCUAACCGUAGAUCAGUGGUCCACGGGUCUGUUCAGUACACGUGGCAGCAGACGUACCGUCGAUGCUGCCGCUUAGCCUCCGCUCUUUCCAAUCACUCCGUUGGGUUCGGUUCAACGUAAAUUUUACAUGCACAUACUUUCUGGUUCAUCCUAACCGUAGAUCAGUGGUCCACGGGUCUGUUCAGUACACGUGGCAGCAGACGUACCGUCGAUGCUGCCGCUUAGCCUCCGCUCUUUCCAAUCACUCCGUUGGGUUCGGUUCAACGGUGGCGGUGAUUGCACCAAACACCCCAGCGAUGUACGAAGCCCAUUUCGGAAUUCCAAUGAGCGGAGCAGUCCUAAACGCAGUCAACAUCCGUCUAAACGCUUCAACUAUCGGCUUCCUUCUAGAACACUCAUCAUCCGCAGUCAUAAUGGUUGACCAAGAAUUCUUCAAACUUGCCGAAGAAGCUUUAAAGAUUCUAAAAGACAAAAUCAAAACCAACUUCAAACCUCCACUUCUAGUUGUUAUCAAAGACGAAAGCGUCGAAUGUAAUCCAAACAAUCUCCAAUACGCUCUAGCAAAAGGUGCGGUUGAGUACGAGAAGUUUCUAGAAUCCGGUGACCCUGAGUUCGUAUGGAAACCGCCGCAAGAUGAGUGGCAUAGUAUUGCGUUAGGUUAUACUUCGGGUACGACGUCUAGCCCUAAAGGGGUGGUGUUGCAUCACCGUGGUGCUUAUCUGGCGGCUACUAGUAAUGUUGUCGUGUGGGGUAUACCUGAAGGAGCUGUGUACUUAUGGACGUUGCCGAUGUUUCAUUGCAACGGUUGGUGUUUCGCGUGGACUCUUGCCGCUAUUUGUGGGACCAACAUAUGCCUUCGACAGGUAACGGCUAAAGGUGUUUACUCGGCUAUAGCCAAUCAAGGCGCCACCCAUUUUUGUGCCGCCCCCGUAGUCCUCAACACCAUAGUAAACGCCCCACCCGAAGACACCAUCCUCCCGCUCCCCCGCCUGGUCCACGUCAUGACCGCCGGAGCCGCCCCACCGCCAUCCGUCCUCUUCAAAAUGUCCCAAAACGGGUUCCGCGUGACCCACACGUACGGCCUCUCAGAAACUUACGGCCCGUCAACUAUAUGCGCAUGGAAGCCCGAGUGGGACCACCUCCCUCCCGAAACCCAAGCCAAACUAAACGCGCGCCAAGGCGUCCCCUACACCGCACUCGAACACCUAGACGUUGUAGACACCCAAACCAUGAAACCGGUCCCCGCCAACGGGACCACCGUUGGUGAAAUCGUGUUUCGUGGAAACAUGGUCAUGAAAGGCUACUUAAAGAACCCGAAAGCUAACGCUGAAGCUUUUGCGAACGGGUGGUUCCACUCGGGUGACUUAGCGGUUAAACACCCAGACGGUUAUAUCGAAAUUAAAGACCGGUCAAAGGAUAUUAUAAUAUCGGGUGGUGAAAAUAUCAGCAGUGUAGAAGUCGAAAAUACGAUGUAUCAACAUCCGUUAAUAUCUGAAGUGUCGGUGGUCGCAAGGCCUGAUAGUCGAUGGGGUGAAUCGCCGUGUGCUUUUGUGACGUUAAAGAACCCGGUAGAGAAACGAGAUGAGGGUAAUGUCGCUGAGGAUAUAAUGAAGUUCUGUCGCGAGAAGAUGCCGGCUUAUUGGGUCCCGAAAUCGGUUGUGUUCGGGCCGUUGCCGAAAACGGCUACUGGAAAGGUUCAGAAACACUUGCUAAGGGCUAAAGCAAAGGAAAUGGGUCCUGUUAAGAUUAGUAAGUUAUAAACUUGAUUUAGGGAGAUGAAUAAAAAGGGUUAUGUUGGAUGUUACAUUGAAGGGAUUUUUAAUGAACUUGUAUGAAAUUGUUGUAUUGUUUUUGUUUUAUGGGUUUGUGAUAUAUAUUAAUAUGAUGCUGUAUUGUAUCAUGUUUGUGAA